CACAUGUAUAAUUGUAUUGAAAAAAGAUUAAGAAAGCGUUUUACCUAUAAAGUUUUUACAUAGAGACUAAUUUUAUUAUAAUGCAACUGUGUGUGCUGGUGGUCAUUGUUAAGCAUCCGAAACAAUGUGCUUGCUUUGCGUGGGGUCGUGCAAGGUGUUAAUUUUGCUACUUUAAAUUGGGCUGCUUUGGUGUUUAGUUCGCGCACGCAUCGGUGUUCAUUUUACGGACCGACUCGUAUCGUUCGUUCGCCGUGGUCUCUUCUAUUCAACCGCCUGGCUGCUUUCCUGUCUUAUAGCAUGAAUUAAUGCAUUAGGCGAAAGUCCCAAUUCGCAUAGGCUACUAUCCACGCUAAAUAGUAGGCUAUUAAAGAUUACUAAUCUUGAAUACUAUUCAGGGGGAUAGUAUGUGAAUUGGACACAGAGCAUGGUAAGAUUUGAUCUUCUGAACGAACACGCCCGCUUCACUGAACGACUCUGGUUUGAACAAAACUCACAACGAUAUUGAACGAACAUCAUGUCCGUCGUGUAUCUGUUCCACAUCAGUGAGGAAACGGGAGGAAUGUGUAAAAGUAGCGUAACUGAUGACCACAUAAAGUUAAAUUCUCAAUUGUAAUUUGUGAGGAAACACUAUGAUGUUUAAACACACUUGAUCUGAAGUGACUUAGUCGAUCGAAUCACGUUUUAAUGCAUCAAUGAUUCUAUAACACACAAAAAUAGGCUACUUGUUGCCACCUACUGGCGCAACAGAACAUCGAACAAUUCAAGGUUGAUUUAUUUCAGUGAACUAAAAGGUAUGAAUCUUUUUAGCGAAAAGAAUCAAGAUGCUAUAUUUGCUUGUAUUAAACUCCCAACCAACAUUGCACUGCUCAGAGAACACCAAGACCAAGAAGCAAUUAUUAUUAAUUAGAAUAAAGAAACUAACACAGCGUCUUAAAUUAAGGGCCAGAUCAUAAAAUAAAUAAAUACAUUUACCAUAUUUAAAAAAAUAUAUAAAAUAAAUAUAUAAAAAAUAAUAAAUACAUAAAUAAAUAAGUUCUCAGAUUUUCCCCGGUGUCAUUGAAAUAUCUAAGCUGUUGCUCUGUUUCUAAUAUAACAUAAUUAUGUCUUUGUAUAGGCUACUGAUAAAAAUUGGUGGAAAUGGUUGGUUGCAGUGGCAGCUGGAACUUUAGAAAUGGAGAAGCACGAAUCGAUGGCAAAAAUUGUACUUAGCCUAAUAUCUAUUUAUAAUUAUUUUGGUGUCUGUAAAUUUCCACCAAAGCAACUGCCCAACUAUCAAGUUUACAACUAAAAAGUGAACUUGACAAUGCUGUAUAUUUUUAUAUUUUUACAAAUGCUAAGGCAAAAGACAAAAACUAUGAAUUAAAGACUUUACUGUAGAAAUUAAACCUAAUGCUUUACUCCCUUGCUUCUUGGCUGUGCAUUUUCCCCCCACUGGGCAUGAGUAAAGUUGAAAUAUAACUCCGGCUCUGGAGGUAAAUACCCUUUGCUCCUUUGAGGACAUGAACUUUCACUCACACACUGUAGCAUACACGUGCAAUAGAACUGUCAUGAGAGUGAGCAGCAGGGCCAAAGAAGAGUAAACUGACUUAUGUUACAACUUGACCAUGAUUUAGCAUGUCAUGUUUUCAAGGUAGAAAAUAUUACAGAGCUUAUAUAAUGAAACUGGGCUGGCUUCCAGAAAAAAGUUGAUUGAAUUCAUUAUAUAUUUUCUCAUGUAAAAGCACUCAUGAUAAUCUCAUUGACUCCCAGUGAAUCAUUGCUGUAUAACUGAAAUCUACGUUGUUCUACUGCUUGUUUUUUUUAUGGAAGAUAUUCCAGGCCAGAAUGUACCAAUCCUUUACAUUAUGUUCAUUUAUUGCAUUUUAUUGUUGCUAAUUUAAUAAACUCAUAAGCAAUGAAGUUGACUACCACAGCUUGGUUAUUGCACAGCUUGGUUAUUGGGUGUAUAGCAAUACACAAUAAAGCACUAAAUAAAUGCCUCAUUCAUUCAUUCAUUCAUUCAGUAGAGCAUGGUGCUAGCAACAUCAAAGCCAUGGGGUCAAUUCGAAUGAAUGAAGUCGCUUUGGAUAAAAGCAUCUGCCAAAAGCAUGUAAAUGUUUGGUAAAAAUACUUUAAUUUGAUGGAAUUGUGGCAGUUCUGAUUCUGUACCACAGUUGUAACGUUAAAUAGUAGUUCAUUAACUACACUGGAAAUCCUCUUUUCCCUAUUAAAGACUGACUGACCCUUCACUUACAUUACAGUAUUUGUGUCUUGUCAUGCACAUUGAGUUUGAAGGAGAGUAAGCUGUACUUGUACUUAUUUGACUUAUCUUACACUCAACAAAGGCUGACCUGGUAAUGAUUUUGCAGUCUACAUUUUCAUGGGUGCCAUGAACGGACAGUUUUUUCAGUCAUGUGGCCAUAUCUUGAUAACCCUUCUACUCACGACUGUCACAGAUGUUCAAAGCGGGAAGGUUCUUGUCUUUCCUGUGGAUGGCAGUCACUGGGUCAACAUGAACAUUUUGGUGGAGGCACUUCAUGCCAAAGGUCACAGCAUUACAGUUAUUCGGAUGGCAGACAGCUGGUACAUCAAAGAAUUCUCACCUCACUACACAUCAGUUACUAUAAAUUCUCCAGGAGGAUUUGAUGAAGAAUUCUUAGAGACGUUUGCAUUCAGACUUAUGAAAAUCCUGAGGGAAGGUUCCACCUGGGCUCGUCUGAAGCUGGAGAUAGAGACGUGGCAAGGUACUUUUGAGCUGACUAAAGUAGAAUGUGAGAUGAUAAAGAGUAUGAUGGAAGACCAGCAGCUAAUACAGUCUUUUAGGGAUGCCAAGUAUGAUUUGCUUCUUACAGAUCCACUCUUGUUUGGAGGUGUUCUUUUGGGCCACUUUCUGAAGCUGCCCAUUGUCUAUAAUAUCCGUUGGACGAUGUAUAGUGAAGCACAUUUUGCGAUAGCUCCUUCUCCACUUUCUUAUGUUCCUUUUCCGAUGGUGGAGUUAUCAGACCGCAUGAGCUUUUUUCAAAGAGUGAAAAAUGUAGUGAUGUACACUGUAGCUGAAGCUAUGGGCGUUUUACUGUUUGCUCCAAAUUAUGAUGCACUUUGCGAACGGUUCAUUGGCCCAGGAGUGUCCUUCCUUACCUUAGUUCAGAGUGCUGAUCUGUGGCUCCAUAGAGUUGAUUUUAUUUUUGAAUUCCCGCGUCCCACUAUGCCAAACAUUGUCUACAUGGGAGGUUUUCAAUGCAAGCCAUCAAAGCCUCUUCCCCGAGAUCUGGAGGACUUUGUGCAGAGCUCUGGUGAUCAUGGUGUCAUCAUCAUGUCUCUGGGCACUCUCAUUGGUCAGCUUCCUGAUGAUGUGGCUGAAGCGAUUGCUGAAGCUUUUGCAGAACUUCCACAGAAGAUCAUCUGGAGGUACAAAGGAAAGCAACCAUCUGCUCUAGGAAACAACACCCUUAUGAUGGACUGGAUGCCUCAGAAUGAUCUUCUGGGUCAUCCUAAGACCAGAGCCUUUGUGGCACAUGGAGGAACCAAUGGGAUUCAAGAAGCCAUUUACCACGGGGUACCAAUCAUUGGAUUUGGGCUGAUUUUUGACCAGCCUGAUAAUCUUGCAAAAAUGAGAGUACGAGGUGUAGCCAAGAAUGUAGACUUUGCCACAGUGGAUAAGGACUCCUUCCUCAAAACUGUUAAAGAGGUCCUUUAUGAUCCCUCUUAUCGGGAGAACAUGCAGAGGCUCUCAAGGCUUCACAAGGACGUUCCAGUGAAACCUCUGGACAACGCCAUCUUCUGGAUUGAGUUUGUUAUGAGGCACAAAGGUGCUGCUCACUUGCGCACAGAGUCUUACAAAAUGCCCUGGUACUCUUAUCACUCUGUUGAUGUCAUACUGUUCCUGCUUUCUGCUGUGUCUCUCAUAAUCAUGAGCAUAUAUGCUGUAAUCAGAUAUUUCUGCUGUAGAAUAUGCUUAAGAAAAACAAAAAACAAACUUGAAUGAAUUGUUUUUUUGUUUUUUUAUUCAGGUAAUAAGCAACUCUAGGUGAGGCAUUUCCUGUAUAUCUAUGACAAAAGCUUUGAAUCGAUAUGAUAUUAAUUUCAUAUGGUGAUCUAUAGAUGUUGAUUUACUGGUUUGUGCACGUUUAAAUUUGUGUUACUGUUUUAGAACCUAUUCUGUAUUUCAAAAAUGAAUUAUGUCAGGUGCACCAUGGUUUUUAUUUAUAUUUAACUGAUCUCAUUUAGGUUUUGUUUUUCCUUUUAUGCUAUUAUUUCACCAUUUCAUGCAUGACCUAAAGGUGUGUUGUACCACUCUGAAUUAAACUUUUGAAUUGAACAGAAAUAAUGUAACUAAUAAUAAGAACUGUUUUAAUGCCUUAGCCUUUCAUUUAUCAGGUGAGCAAAGUUCAUUAUAAAUUAAAACACACACACACACACACACACACACACACACAAAACUAUUCAGCAAAAUACAUACAAUGCCACAAGCAUAGUUCAACUGAUUCCCAAAUGAAUUAUGACAUGAUUCUUUUUAGUGAAUCAAUGCAUUGUGACCAGGGUAUUCCAACCAAAUCUCAAACAAACGACUUCUUGGAACUGGUUCUUUUUAGUGACUUGCACACAUGCAGCUGACAACUUACCAUAUUAUGUUGCACUCAAACCUCAUUAAGCUUUAAUAGAUUAAUGUUUGUUGUUUGUAUGACAGUAUUACCUUAAAAAUGCACAUACAUUUUGUCAUCAGUAGCUAUUUUGAAAGAAUGUAUAAAUUAAUUAAACAUUUGACCAAUUUUUUUGAUUGUUUAUUUUGAUAAUCAUUUUUAUUUCAAAUGUUUAUAUGUAACAUAUAAAACAUGUACAGGAAAUCAAUUGAAUUUAGAGAAUCAGUUUGAUUUAAAGUUCUAUCGGGCAUUUCACAUGAUUUUUUAUGUAAUGAAAAUAAAAUAAAAUAUUUUGUUAGAGUAAGCACUGUUGUUUUUCAUUAUAUUUGCAACCUUGACCGUGUUUGUGCCAAAGACACUCUGGUCUUUCCUGUAAAAUGCUCUAUAUGUAGUCUAAUCCUCUUAUUCUAUAGUGUUGAUAUGAAGUACUGACCAUUUAAGUAGCUGCAGUGCACUAAGCUAGUCAACAUCCAGGUAAUUACACAACAAAAUUCUAAAUGGUAGCUCAUUAACUAGGGCUUUGCAGGUAAAUGCCCUUUGCCCCGUUAAAGACAGUUAAAUGAGCAUUAUCAGCAUGCACAACGAGACCAAAGGAGAGUAAAUGCCUGUAGUUUUGUGACUUACGCUACACUCAAGGCUGACCUGGUAGUGAUAUUGCAUGCUACGUGGAUUUGAAUGGCAUCUAGUAAACACAAACCAGGAUUGUUUGGCAUCAUCCCCAUUAUCCUUCACCCAGACAACAUGCAGGCUAUUUCUGGCAAACAUAAGAGAGGAAACGACAAUGUCUGAACAUCAGCAGUCUCAGCAGGUUACCAUGACAGCCUGAGGGUAGCAGCUCCUUCUCUCUCUCUCUCUGUGUGUGUGUGUGUGUGUGUGUGUGUGUGUGUAUCUCAAUGUCCUUCAAAGGGUGCUCUGUCCACUUAAAUAGGACAAACUUCCUUUUCUCUCUCACUCUCUCUAUCUUUCCUUGAGCACUUUCACCCCAUUAGUCAUUCUAAAAAAUGAGUAUUUAAGAUGUGUGAAAACUGGGCUAAAAAAUCCGGACACAUUAAAGUUUCUCCAUUGCUCACAUAUGCAUCUAUUUUCAGAAACAAAACUGCUGCACAGUGAGAAAUGCUGCCCCCCAAAGGAUGGCGUGCAUUUGUUUAUAUUCAGUCUCAGAGCUGUUUUUGCAUAUGUGUGUAUGCUAGAGUAGACUAGAGUAUUACUCCCAACAAUAAUGUCUGUCAGAAUAUGGAUACACAGCGUAAUGUAGCAGGGAUUUUGAUGAAUGUUUAAGUCCACUGAAGUAAGUAAUUACAGCUGUUCCCCAUCCCCCUCAGAUUUAAACCGUGACACACAUGCGUGCGGGAUGCUGGAAAUGUCCUUCAGUCGUUCGUCAUGCUUUUCAGACAAACUGAAACCGAUUCAGUGAGGGGCCAUCGACCACAGUAAACAUAUAAAAUGGGAUUUAAUAUAAACCUUGAAAUAGACAAAAAAUAAAAAUAAAAAUGGUGUGUUUCUAGAGAAAAACAGUUCACUAGAACAUUAUGGCUUUAUUGUGAUUAAAAACUGUAUCUUUGGUUUAAUCAAAUUAAUUAUGAGAUUUGUAGCUUAAUUCAAUGGAUUAGUUACACUUUAUCACAUAUAUCAAUAUUUUCUAUAAAAUAAUUUAAAAAUAGCACACAAUUGUGGCAAACAGAGCAUGAAUGGACAUUACAAAAAGACACUUUAGCGACAGCUUUUACAGAGGUUUGAUGCCUUCAUAUAUGGAAAAAAAGUGUUUUUCUCUAGCCGCCUGUGAGAAAAGUCUGGGCCAGGAUCGUGUGGUACUGCAAUUGCUGUCUAAAUUGAUAUCUUGAGUUUAAAAGCAUGAAUUAAUUGUUUCUACUUAACCAAAAAUAUCUUAAACAAAAUGUUUACAUGUUUGUUUACAGUUAACUAAAAUUAAAAUCAUUAAAAAAAAAAGGUUACCAAGAAAACAUUUUUCGUUUUCAUUUAUUCAUAUACUGUAUAACUAAAACUGAAAUGAAAAUGAGUAAAAACUAUACAGACAAUUAACAAAAAUCAAUAAAAAUGACAAAACCACAACAAAAUUAUUAACAUUUUAGCUAAAAUAUAAAUGGAAAAUAAAAAAAUAAAAAAAAUCGAAUAAACGCUAUAAAAGUAUCUCAGUGAUAACACUGGUGAAGUCACAGACAUCCGAUGUAAAUAUUUGCAACUCAAACGUCAUUUAGAAGUCGACUCCCCUCUGAAUCACACUUAUGGUGUGUCCUCAUUUAGACGUUUAUUAGCUAAAUAAAUGUGUGCACUGCAGGAGAGCGAGAGAGCGUGAAAACGCUUGUACGUGGAGAUGAGAUAAGACAUCAGCUGCCUCUUGAUCCUUUUGUUUGCUCAUGAACUCAAGGGUGUUGAAGAACGUUGAUGGCUUUCUGCAUGUAACAAACACACACGUAUGCAUUACACAUCUCACUGCCCUCACCAUCAACUUCUCAUUUGCAUCUCAUUAAUUAUUCAGAAAAGCUUCAUAAAUAUGCAAACUCAAUUCUUACUCUAACUCAUUUGCUUUAUGCCAUCUGGCCAUUAAGCAACUUCUAAACAGUUCAUUUAGAGAGCCAUCCACGCACGCACAGGCAGACAGGUAGCUUCCUGCAUCCAAUUUACAUACACAAACCACACAGACUUGCUGAUCCAGCUGAAGAGAAGACCACCAAGGUCAAGGCGUCUCUUCCUUUAUUCCCAUCAGCUCUCGUUCUCUCUAUCUCUGUCUUAUCUCGCCUCUUACUACCUAUUGCACAUAUUUAAGGAGUGUUUCUCAUUCUUAUGCUAGUUUUAACGCUACUAUCACAUCUCUUUUUCUCAGGAUAUGUUUGUAAUAGUGCGAGAAGUGUUGUAGUAUGCUAUUUCUGCAGUGUGCAGUAUGUGUGCUGUGCAGUGCAUACUAUCAUUAAACACCAGGAUGUAUGCCAGAAUAUACAGUAUGCACAGAGUACUGAAUCCCACAAUGCAGUGCACUUGACUUCACCUUCCAUUUCCGAAUUAAAUGGAAAUGCAGCGAUUCUAGCGAAUUAACCAGAAAUUAUAUUAGCUGCUAUUUUAACAUUUCCAUCCUGAGUCUUUACACAAAAUUGGAUUAAAAAUGCAGGGCAGUCAUUUAAUUUUCAAGGUGAUAACUGGAUGGCACACAGUGAAUUAAAGGAAUACCUCACCCAAAAAUGUCCUUACCCUCAGGCUAUCCAAGAAAUUUUGCAUUACUUUACUCACUCACCAGUAGAUCCUGUGCAAUGAAUGGGUGCCGUCAGAAUCAGAGUUCAAACAGCUGUUUGGACUCAUUCUGACGGCCUAAGGGAGACUUAAUAUCAACAAAUUUACAUUUUUAGGUGAACUAGUCCUUUAAACAUACAACGUGGUGGUUGUGUGACAAUGUUGCAUACUGCUGUUUGGUACAUUUAUCUGUUUUAAACGUAUUAUAUUGCAUUUCUCACUGCAGAUGUACAUUAAAAAUGUAGAUUACAGUGUAUAUUGAGCAGAAACAUUCUCUCUCCACACACACUCAUACUCUUUCAUUACUAUCCUAGCAAUCAUAAUCUCUGAUUGCAUGUGUGUCUGUGAUUAUAUAAACUUUCAAAUAUGUAAAAUAUACAUUCUAUGGCAAGGACAGAUGAAAGUAGAUUGUAAUUCUAAUUAUGGAUUUGAAUGUGCAUAGAAACAAUACACAAUCAUGCAUAUUUGAAAGCAUGGAAAUUGGACAAUUAUAAUCUAUAGGUCACAUUUAUUUGUGUGAAUACAUAUGUGAUAGAGGAAAAUUGUGAGUGUUUGUGUAUGCAUAAUCUGAUUACACUUAAUGACCUCACAAUGUUUAAAGGUCUUGAAAACACCUUAAGCUGUGUUCAUUUAUCAGAAGAAGGUCAUAAACGUUUGACCGAACUACAGUAGAUUACAGAAGAUUUUUCCAUUUUGCUAUGAAAAAUUUUACUACAUUCUGGCUACCGUCUAAUUGAAUGUGUGUAUGUGCGCAUUGCCAAAUAAUCAUAUUGUUUCAAUAAUAAAUAAAGACUUUUUAAUGAC